CCGGCCUCGGCUGUGUAGUCCGCGGCGCAGCGAUGGGCGGUGGGCGGAGCGCGCUGUGCGCCCUGUGGCUGUGCGCCCUGCCGCUAAUUCGCGGAGCCGGGGUGCCCCUGCCAGGCGGUGAGCCCGAGUGCAGCCCCGAUGAGUACAAGCCUGAGGGUCUCAGCUGGUGCUGCAAGCGAUGUCCUGCCGGCUGUCAUGUCAGCGCGGACUGUGGUGUAAACCGUGGUGUUCCGAAAUGUAGCCCAUGCGAACCCGGAAGCUUCCUCUCCCACCCAAACGGGGAGACCAGCUGCUGGCCGUGCACUCAGUGUCGGGCGGACCAGGAGAUGGUGGCCGCGUGCACACGGACCCGCGACGGGCAGUGCCAGUGCGCGUCGGGGAGCUUCUUCUGCGACUCACCGAGCUGCGUGGAGAAUUGCUUCCGGUGUCGAAGAUGUCCUGGCGCUGUCCUUCGGCCCUGCAAUGUCACACACGAUACAGUCUGUGACCCAGAAGCUGGUACGGAGGCACCAGCAGGCCAGGUCGCUGCCUUCAGGGAGGCUCAGCUGGGACCCGAGGCUGUGAGGCGGGCAGCAGCCGAGAGCAGAGGAAAAGAAUUACCCGAGGAUGUGUUCAUCCGUGGGCUUGUUGCAUUCUUCAUCGUCUUGGGCAUCUUCCUCAUCGUUCUUGUCUCCUUCGUCAUGUACCGCUAUAAGAAGAAAGCAGGUGUGUGGCCUCACCACUGGUUCUUCAGCUCCUGGAAAGGAAGGCUGGACGGCCCUGACAGCGCUAUGGGCCAUCAGCAGAGUGAGUCGCUGCUGCCCCUGAAUCCUGAGACCGACGGGCCAGCCCCUGCCACAGAAACGUUCUCGUCUUGUCGCACGCUGGAGGAGGGGGGCUCAGCCGUGAAGCCCGAGGCCGGGCCCCAUACAGGCCCCUCCAAGGAGCCGGCGGAGGGCGCCGAGCUGGCGCAGGUGGCGUUCGGGGGGAGCCCCGCGGCCCCAGAGCAGGCGCUACUGACGGCAGCCCCGGCCGCCCCCGGGCCGCAGGACCGGCCCAAGGCGGCCCCUUCCCUCAGGACCCUGGAGCAGGAAUAUGAAACUAAGUAUUUUGUAACAGAUACAUCCAAUGAAGACAGCAUCUACUAUGAAUUUGAAAACAGGAUUUCUGAUAAACACUGGAAAACAUUUAUGAGGUUUAUCGGGCUGCAGGACCAUGACAUUGACAUUUGCGAAUGCCAAAACCCCGGCAAUUUGAUGGAGCAGCAUCACCAGAUGCUGCUUAGGUGGAGAAUCCAGUUGGGAAGGGAAGCCUCUGUUUUUAAACUCUUCGCCGCUCUCCAUAAGAUGCAGCUACACAUGUACUUGGAAAAUAUUAUAAACGGGUUAGUUGCCGAAGGCAUCCUGGUCAGACGUUCGGAGACCGCGGAUUAGACUGUGGGCUCGGGAUCAUGCCGUUAAGCCGGAUCCUAAAUGGACGUGAUCUGACCUCCUUUCCCCGUUUGCAUCUUACUGGAAACUUCUGGAAUCCCUGGUGGGGCUGUGCCCAUUUUCUCCAUAGAUUGUACAGAUAGUUUGCAAUGGGGAGGUCAGUCCUACAUGCCAGCAAGAGUGCUUCCUGCGGGGCCAGACCAGCUGUGGGGACUGCCUGUGGCCAAGGCGGCAGAGGUGGGCAGGAUCUAUGUGGAUCCCGGCGAGUCCUGAGCUGGUUGGGCCGGGAGCCGGGACUCUGCUGGCUGCACUCACAUUGCCCAGCCCUUUCCCCAGGCACUGAGGCGGGAGGCCGUUUUUCUGCCCUGAUCAGCUCCUAAAUCUCAGAGAUCUGGGAUGUUCCCAUGACCUGGAACACGCUGUGCCUGUGAAUGAGGUUCCCCUGUGUAAGUAGGAGUAACUUAAUGAUUUGACAUUAUGCCGUAUUUAUCACAAGUAAAGAUAAUAUAUCAUUACAUUUUUUUUCUAUAUCUAUAGUUGUUGUUUUAAAUAUUUUUUUACUAGAGAGAGUUCAAGCAGGGGGA